AAUAAACUAUUUGUGACAAAAAUCGAAGAAAAAAAGUAAAUGUACAAGUACUCAAAAUAUCAAUGAUGACAAGGACUUAUAAAAAUAAUACAUUUCAAGGCAUCAACAUUUUUACAUACAUGUAUCACUGACAUCACUGUAAGGGUGACAUCAAAAUCAGUGACAUCAUAACACCUGACAUCAAAAUGGCAAGGCAGAUGACAGCACGUUUCAGAAUCUUUGUUAUUAUUCUUGGAUCAAUAUAUUUCACUGGAUUAUAUUUCUUCCACAAGGGGCAACACCAAGAUGAUAAUGCCAUGUCUAAUGAAUCAAUGGAGAGGCGCGAAGCCUUGCAAAUCAUCAAUCAAAAAUUUGAUCAAAUUAAACUUGAAAACAAAGAAAAGAAAAUGCUUCUUGGGCCAUAUAAAUUCCGCAGACAGCUAAAUACCAGUCUUGUUAAAACUCAACGAGUGAAUAUCGCUGCAGUUGGAAAUAAUAAUAUUGUUCAACAAAAUGCGAAACAUGACAAUGUGAUUGAAACUGCCAAAAAUAAUGAUCUUACCAAUAACAAAUAUAUCGAAGAUCCAGAAACUGACAAUAAAGCUAAGAAUUAUGCUAAUCCUACGUGUCAUUCACAAAACAAGCAUCUGCCAAUUGAACGCUUCGUACCUCUGUCUGAUCAAUAUGAUAAAACAGAAGUUUGGGUUUACUCAGCGUAUUUAGACUCGAGGAAGUCCGAAGCAGCAUUCAUUAGAAUGAUGGUGUUAGCUAAUAUAAAGACAAAGCCACGUCACAAAAUCAUUUGUGAAUUUGAAGAAGACUUAACUGUAGAAGGAAUCUAUUAUGAACUCUGUGAGAACCACAGAAAAACUUAUGGCGGAUUUAUAAUAUCAUGUCCAGUCCCUGCUAGUUUGAAUCAUACUCCGUGCAAUAUUAAUGUAUAUAUCACAAAACAUUAUGGCCAUGUUGGCAAAAAGGUAAAAAUACCUAUAUACUCAACAGAAAUUUUGCCUCAGAGAGACGAUUUUGGUAUUUGUGUUCCACCCUUAUUUGGCAAUAUUGACAAACAUCGUCUUAUUGAAUUCAUAGAAAUGUCCCUUAUCAUUGGAGCAACAAAGUUUGUAUUUUACGAUUACAACUUAACACCAGAGAUUAAGAAUGUAUUGGAUUAUUAUACACAACGUGGGGUAGUUGAUCUUGUUAAGUGGCAUCUUCCAGUAGAUGGCAGGGCGGUAUAUUAUAAAGGGCAAAUCUUGGCUGUAAAUGAAUGUCUCUAUCGAGAGAUGGCUUCUUUAAGAUAUGUGGCAUUCCACGACAUUGAUGAAUUGAUAGUUCCCCGUCAACACGAGGAUGUCCCAAGUAUGAUGUCAGAGCUAGCUGUUGAUGACAAUGUCGCAUUCUGUUUAGAAAGUGCAUUCUAUGAUCCAGGACACAACCCCAAAUUUCAAUCAACACAGCUUAUAUCUCUUCAACACCGGACUAGAACAAUACAAUAUCACAAAGUAAGGCGAAAAUGUAUAGUAGAGCCACGGAAAAUAUUUGAGCAAGGAAUACAUCAUAUUUCAAAGCAGAAUGAGGAAUAUUACCAAAUUAUUAAACUUGAUCCUGAUAUUGCAAUUUUACAUCACUAUAGAAAAUGCAUGAGGGAUUUUGGCAUGAAUUGUGACAAAUUUGUAAAUGAUAACUGGAUUGAUAAAUAUUCACAGCAACUUGAGCACAAUUUUAACAUAGCUCUAACAGAUAUCAAUAGAAGUCCCUUCAAAGUAUUUAUUUAAAAGCCUCGUACAAUGUUUGAAAAUAUGUUUUUAUCACUCAUAAACUAUUUUUAAAUCUUAUUUUAGAACUUUUAGACGUAAAAGAAAUUUGAAAAAGUUAUCAUAUUUUAAUUUUUCAACUAUUCAAAGGAUUGGUAUCGAUAUGGAGAACUAAAUUCGACAAUGUUUUUUCUCUUAAACCAAUCAUUGAAAACAUUCUGUAAAAAAUACGGUAUUUUAUGUAAUGUUGACUGAUUGACAACAAUUUAAUGCGAAAAUUAUUUAGAAUUUUUUAUACAACAUUUUUUGUUUUUUAGUGCAAUUGUUUUUGCCUUCCAAUUCUUGAGAAUGAAAUAAAAUG